GAUGUCCGCGAGUAAGAUAAAUGCUGAGAUAAAGAAGAUAAGGCUACUUCGACUCAAUUGUAUUCACUCAAUGUCCAAUGAUUUCUAUGAUGCUGUUGUUCCAUUGAGGUUGAAGUAUCACGAAGCUAAGACGCGAAGAUUAAAGCCCAAGUUGUUCAAUCAGUUGAGAAUUCUGACUCAACGCAUGGCAAAUGACUUGGAUAAACAUCAACAGGAAGCUGAUAAAUUGAAGUUGAAGCUGAAGAAGGCAAAUACAAAGUUCAGGAAACUUCCUGAACUAGAAGAAAGCUCUGUUCUGCUUAAGGAAUUUGAAAUCUUUGAUGAAUUCCUUCGUGAAACGGAUGAAAUGAGGGCUUACAUCAAGACUUCCAUGAUGGCGGUUCUCGAAGAUGCAACACUCAAUGGCAAACAGAAGAUUGAACAAGCAUUCAUUCAUUUUGAGCACUUCUUUCCGGCUUUAUUUCAGUCUUUCCAGCGUGCUGAACCAACUGGCGCAGCUUUUGAAGGAAUGCUUCUCUUCAUCAACGUCAUUAGACUUUGAAUUUCAACCCAAA